CUAGGUCUAGGAAGUUGGGCUUUUCUGUCUGGCCCACAAAGGAUUGUUUACAGCUGGGCCUAGGUGAAAUGCCCUGCCUGCAUAUCGAAGCCGGUUCCCUUACUGGGGUUUUGCCUGGUGUCCUUAUGGGCCUGAGGCAACAGGGUGGAGGUCAGUCCUUCACUGAGGAAGUUGAGAUUCUUCCCAACCAGUAUCAGCGGUCCUCCAUCAAAGAGGAGGCUCUUCAUCGCAGCUCUGGAGCUUCUCCUGUCCGUCCUGGGCCCACAGAAGUAAGACCCCAGUAAGCCUGUGUGCUUGCUGCGAUGCUUUGCUUUUCCUUGGAUGGCCAGUGAUCAUAAACUUGGGGUUCUGAAGACUACAAGCUUCCAGGACCUGCGGCACGGACUACAGGGCCUAGUUCUACUUUGGGUUCGAGACCUGUCCGGCCAGGAUACCAGGGGGGGGGGAGAGGGUGUCGACGUUUCUAUUAUAGCUACAUGCCACUCCGACUGGACGUGGGAGGGGUCCCACCUCAUCGUGUCGUUUUGAUUCCUAAUUUUAAGCCUGGAUUUUGACUUCGACAUGAGCAGUGUCUUGGAAUUUCAUUUCUAUCUCUUCCACCGUUUAGAAGUUGAAUGCAACUUCCGACACGGAGAAGGCAAGGGCUCCGUGAUGGUCAUUCAGUUCCAAGAGGGAGCUCAGCUCACCACCGGGCCCACGCCGCCGGGCGGGUAGGGAAAUCCUUCUCUAACAGCCAAUGGCCGGACCAGACUACCGGGUCAGUACAGAUUGUGAUUGACCCAACUAGGCGGAAAGCCCGCUGGCUUCAAGCCCAUUAGGCUUUAAUUGGCUGUGGCUCGCAAUUACUUUUCAGAGUUGGUGAUAAACUCCGCCUUCAAAGGCAUUUGAUAACAGGGUUACGUUUGGCAAGGCAAACGCUGAUUGGCCAGAGCGCUCACGGAUUGGGUCGGUAGUAAACACAACCAGGCUCCUGAGGCCGUAGAUUGGUCAGUUUUUUAGGGGGCCGAGUAAAUUCCUCCGGUUCCGUGAGCGGCUGGCUACAAUUCAGCUCAGGCCCCGCCCUCCCCUUUGAUGAUUGGUGAAAAUCCGGCUAGAGGGGCGGAGGAAUGAAGCGGGUUUAGGUGAUCUCGUAUUGCGUCACUUCCGCUUACUGAGGGUUGCCGUAGCCUUGUUCACAGAGAGCCUCGACGAACCGGCUGUAGGAGCCGAGUGACUCGGGGAGGGGUGGGCGGGAGGAAGGCGGGCGGAAGGCAGAGGACGUCCCAUUCACCGAAACGCCAGUCUGGACGUUCCCGCCUCCUCCGACAGUGUCAGGUCGGCUCCGAGAAGGGUCACCGCCUCCUCCAGUGAGGAGAAAGGGGGCGGAGCCCGACCCAGGUGGAUAAGUAGAAGAUGUCAUAUUUAUUUGAAUUUUUUGGAGAUUGGAGAAAAUACUGUGCUGUAGUCAUGAUUGAUGACUUGUCUUAGGUCAUUUGAAAAGAUGAGCGGGGUGUUUUCACUUUUUCUGGAGAAUUUGCUUUUCCUUUGCUAAAGUCUUGUGAUUCUUGAUGAAGCUGUUUGGCAGUAGCCAAAAGAGUGGGGAGGGAAGAGACCAGAUGGACAGAGGAGAAAGAAUUUCAGAGAAAAGCCCUUAAGCCAAAGGAAGGCCUUCCACUAUUUGCUUUAACUCUUCUGGACAUUUCAGCAACUUGGGAAGACUGACUUGGUCACUGGCACCAUUAGUGACCCUGCCAGGUAUCAGCAGAGGCCAUACCCCUCAUUUCUUGGAUCCAUUGGGCAGGAUCCCAAUACACAAACAGGGUUGUGAAGAUGUUACUUUAGAACCUACCCUCAGACCACAAAUGAAAGAAUGAUAAUGGAUUUUCCAGGUCACUUUGAACAGAUCUUCCAGCAACUCAACUACCAGAGACUCCACAGCCAGCUCUGUGACUGCGUCAUUGUGGUGGGGAACAGACACUUCAAAGCCCACCGCUCCGUGCUGGCAGCAUGCAGCACGCAUUUCCGAGCCUUGUUCUCCGUGGCAGAAGGGGACCAGACCAUGAACAUGAUCCAGCUGGAUAGCGAGGUGGUGACGGCCGAGGCCUUCGCCGCACUGAUUGACAUGAUGUACACCUCCACGCUCAUGCUGGGGGAGAGCAAUGUCAUGGAUGUCUUACUGGCAGCCUCUCACCUGCACUUGAACUCUGUCGUUAAGGCAUGUAAACACUACCUGACGACAAGGACGCUGCCCAUGUCCCCCCCCAGCGAGCGCGCGCAGGAGCAGAGCGCCCGCAUGCAGCGCUCCUUCAUGCUGCAGCAGCUGGGGCUGAGCAUCGUGAGCUCGGCCCUCAACUCCAGCCAGGGGGUGGAGGAGCCCCCGGCCCCGCUGAGCUCCUCCCUGCGCGCUAACCUGGACCAGCGCACGCCCUUCCCCAUGAGGCGCCUUCAUAAGCGCAAGCAGUCGGCCGAAGAGCGGGCCCGGCAGCGGCUCCGCCCGGCCAUGGACGAGUCUGCCGUCUCGGACGUCACCCCGGAGAGCGGGCCUUCGGGCGUCCAUCCUCGGGAGGAGUUCUUUUCUCCAGACUCCCUGAAAAUGGUGGACAACCCUAAGCCCGAUGGCAUGACCGACAACCAGGAGGACGGCGCUAUCCUGUUUGACCAGUCUUUCGGCGCCCAAGAAGAUGCGCAGGUGCCCAGCCAAUCGGACAACAGCGCCGGCAACAUGGCCCAGUUGUCCAUGGCCUCUCGCGCCACUCAGGUGGAGACGAGUUUUGAGCCGGAGACCGUUGCCGCCGCCGCCGCUGAGAAAAGCGGUUUCCCGUGCGAAAACCCCGAGGUGGGCCUUGGUGAGAAGGACCACAUGCGGGUGGUGGUGAAAUCCGAGCCGCUGAGCUCCCCCGAGCCGCAGGACGAGGUGAGCGAUGUCACCUCGCAGGCGGAAGGCAGCGAGUCCGUGGAGGUGGAAGGAGUCGCCGUCAGUGCCGAGAAGAUCGACCUCAGCCCCGAAAGCAGCGACCGCAGCUUUUCCGAUCCGCAGUCCAGCACCGACAGGGUGGGCGACAUCCACAUUUUGGAAGUCACCAACAACCUUGAACAUAAGUCCACUUUUAGUAUCUCCAACUUUCUCAACAAGAGCAGAGGAAGUAACUUCAGUACAAGUCAGAACAAUGACGACAACAUCCCGAACACCACUAGUGACUGCAGGCUGGAGGGGGAGGCCCCUUACUUGUUGAGUCCCGAGGCCGGGCCUGCAAGCGGGCCUUCCUCUGCCCCCGGCUCCCACGUGGAGAAUCCAUUCAGCGAGCCUGCAGACUCCCACUUCGUCAGACCUAUGCAGGAGGUGAUGGGCCUUCCCUGUGUGCCGACCUCAGGUUACCAAGGAGAACAGUUUGGGAUGGAUUUUUCCAGGUCUGGCUUGGGCCUCCACUCCUCCUUUUCCAGGGUAAUGAUGGGGUCCCCAAGAGGAGGAGCAAGUAACUUUCCUUACUACCGACGCAUAGCCCCCAAAAUGCCCGUGGUAACUUCUGUCAGGAGCUCACAGAUCCCUGAAAAUUCUGCCAGUUCCCAGCUGAUGAUGAACGGGGCCACAUCCUCAUUUGAAAAUGGCCAUCCUUCCCAGCCUGGCCCUCCACAGCUGACCAGGGCAUCUGCCGAUGUCCUGUCAAAGUGCAAAAAGGCCUUAUCGGAGCACAAUGUCUUGGUGGUAGAAGGAGCUCGCAAGUAUGCCUGCAAGAUCUGCUGCAAAACCUUCCUGACUCUGACAGAUUGCAAGAAGCACAUCCGUGUUCACACAGGUGAAAAGCCGUACGCCUGCCUCAAGUGUGGCAAGAGGUUCAGUCAGUCCAGCCACCUGUAUAAACAUUCCAAAACGACCUGCCUGCGCUGGCAGAGCAGCAACCUGCCCAGCACUUUGCUCUAACUCUCCGUCCUCUUGAGACCAUGUCUAGGCCAGUUCUGGGACUCUGUGGGCAGGAAGUGCCAUGGGUUGAAGGCUUCGGCUGCCAGUUUUGAUGACGCGCAAGCGAAGAGCGGUUCCAUGUCACAUUUGGGCUGCAGCCUCUCUGGGCGAAGUGUGUACCUUGCGAGAGGGAUGCGAUAUCCGGAAUGGGCUCCUUCCUUAAGGUUGAGUAAUGCAGUCCUAUAGUAGUUUGCAACUGAUAUUGUUAAAAGAGGCAUAUUUACAAAUUAAAAAUGAAAGUGAAAAAAUAAAUUUUAAAGCAAUUUUUUGUAAUGCUCUGUGAAGCAUUUAAAUUUCCUAUGUAUGCCCUCUGGUGAGAACAGUUCAUCCCUGUUCCAUGAUGCAAAAUGCACUUAUGUGUAACCAGUGGCAACUUGGGUGCCAGUCUUAAAAGGAAAGCCCUUGAGGACACACCUGUCUGCCACAGAUGCUUUAAAGUGUAUCCUGAGCCAGUCCUAGGUCUUAGCGUACUGUAUUUUUUUAAAAAAUGUGUUUGUCUGAGUUGCAGUCACAGACACUGCCCUUUGAUGGUGCUGACAUUGAGUCCAGGCGAGCGUUCUCUUGGAUUAACAGCUGUAUAUACUUUUGAAAAUAUCUCUGUUGAUUAGAUAUUUUAACUUUUUUUUCUGGCUUAAAAACAAAGUUGUAA